AUGGUUUCCCAAUCCGUCAACAAGACCAACCUCCACCCCUCGGGUGUCCUGCCGAGCAAGGGACACACGGAGAUUGAAGAGUCGCUCCACGACAAGGCUCACAUUGACUACGACCGCGUAGCUAUUAUUGCCAACCCCUCGGUUGCUGCCCUCUACGAGGAUGCCCUCGUGUACGAGACUGGCUCUGCCAUUACAGCAUCAGGCGCUCUCUCGGCAUACUCUGGAGCCAAGACUGGCCGCUCGCCCUCGGAUAAGCGCAUUGUCGAGGAGGACUCGUCCAAGAACGAUGUCUGGUGGGGCCCCGUCAACAAGCCCAUGAAGACUGACGUCUGGCGCAUCAACCGCGAGCGUGCCAUCGACUACCUCAACACCAGGAACCGCAUCUACGUCGUCGAUGGAUUCGCCGGCUGGGACGAGCGCUACAGGAUACGCGUCCGCGUUGUCUGCGCCCGCGCCUACCACGCCCUCUUCAUGCGCAACAUGCUGAUCCGCCCCUCGAGGGAGGAGCUCGAGCACUUUGAGCCCGACUACACCAUCUACAACGCCGGUGCCUUCCCCGCCAACAGGUAUACCAGCGGCAUGACCUCGUCGACUUCGGUCGCCCUCAACUUUGCCGACAAGGAGAUGGUCAUCCUCGGAAUCUUCACCGUCCUCUACUACGAGAUGCCCAUCAAGCACAACGUCCUCACCCUGCACUCGUCUGCCAACGAGGGCCAGGAUGGCGAUGUCACCGUCUUCUUCGGUCUGUCUGGAACUGGAAAGACGACUCUGUCUGCCGACCCCAAGCGUGCCCUGAUUGGUGACGACGAGCACUGCUGGAGCGACACUGGCAUCUUCAACAUUGAGGGUGGUUGCUACGCCAAGUGCAUUGGUCUCUCGGCCGAGAAGGAGCCUGAUAUCUUUGGCGCCAUCCGCUUCGGCUCCAUCCUCGAGAACGUCGUCUUCGACCCCGUCACCCGUGUUGUCGACUACGACGACGACACCCUGACGGAGAACACGCGCUGUGCCUACCCCAUCGAGUACAUUGAGAACACCAAGAUUCCCUGCAUCUCCAACCAGCACCCCAAGAACAUUGUCCUCCUCACCUGCGAUGCCCGCGGUGUCCUUCCUCCCAUCUCCAAGCUCAACCCCGAGCAGACCAUGUACCACUUUAUUUCCGGAUACACCUCCAAGAUGGCCGGUACCGAGCAGGGUGUGACUGAACCCCAGGCCACCUUCUCCACCUGCUUCGCCCAGCCCUUCCUCGCCCUCCACCCCAUGCGCUACGCCAAGAUGCUCGCCGAGAAGAUCCAACAACACAACGCCAACGCCUGGCUCCUCAACACCGGCUGGGUCGGUGCCGGUGCCACCACUGGCGGCAAGCGCUGCAGCCUGCGCUUCACCCGCGCCAUUCUCGACGCCAUCCACAACGGCGAGCUCGCCAACGCCGAGUACGAAAACUACGAAGUCUUCAACCUCCAGGUCCCCAAGAAGUGCACCGGCGUCCCCGACGACCUGCUCAACCCCCGCAACAGCUGGAACGGCACCGCCAGCCUGCAGGACGAGGUCGAGAAGCUCGGCCGCCUCUUCAUGGAGAACUUUAAGAAGUACGAGGAUGAGGCGACCAAGGAGGUCAUUGCAAGUGGUCCACACGUAUGCUGCUGCCCCAAGCACUAA